AUGGCUAUUGUCAAUAGCUCUUUCGUGACUGAAUUCAUCUUGGUGGGGUUAACAGACCAUGCAUUAUUCCAACUCCCUCUCUUCCUGCUGUUUCUAGUAAUUUGCAUGAUUACUGCAUUGGGUAAUGUGGGCUUGAUAAGUCUAAUUGGGCUGAACUCACACCUGCACACUCCCAUGUACUUUUUUCUCUUUAAUUUAUCCAUUGUAGAUCUCUGUUAUUCCUCUGUGUUUUCACCCAAGAUGCUGAUUAACUUUAUAUCAAAGAAGAAUGUUAUCUCUUACAUGGGGUGCAUGACCCAGCUUUUUUUCUUAGGUUUUUUUGGUAUUUCUGAAGCCUAUGUACUGACAUCAAUGGCUUAUGAUCGCUAUGUGGCCAUCUGUAACCCACUCAUGUACAACAGUGUCAUUUCUCCUAAGGUCUGUUUCAGCCUUAUACUUGGUUCAUGUUUGAUAGCAUACUCAGAAGCCAUGACUCACACAGGGUGCAUGUUGAGACUGACCUUUUGUGAUGCAAACACCAUUAACCAUUAUUUGUGUGACAUUCGCCCUUUGCUAGAAAUCUCCUGCACGAGCACCUAUGUUAAUGAGCUGAUAGUUUUCGUUUUGGUGGGCAUCAAUAUCAUUGUACCAAGUCUCACCCUCUUUCUCUCUUAUGGAUUCAUCCUCUCUAGCAUCCUCCGCAUCAGCUCCAAGGAGGGCAGGUUCAAAGCCUUCAGCACCUGCAGCUCCCAUAUAACUGUUGUUUCUCUCUUCUUUGGAUCAGCUGCAUUUAUGUAUCUCAAACUAUUUUCAGUGGGUGCUAUGGAUCAGGGGAAAAUCUUCCCUGUCUUUUAUACCAAUGUGGUUCCCAUGAUGAACCCUUUAAUCUACGGUUUGAAGAAUAAAGAUGUUAAAAUUGCUCUGAAAAAAACUCUGAGUAGGAGAAAGAUUUGA